AUGGUUACAAUCACCGAGACGAAGCGCUGGGAUCUCUCUCACGUUCUUGACUUCGUCAAUACACUCAACCCAAAGGCCGACGAGCAGUCGCCACUCACCAGCCAUGAUCACCAGGCGGAAGACGUGAAGCCUGAUCCCCCUCCACCUCACAACACCGACACACAAGACUUUGCCAGCUCGCCACCCAAGCUUGGUGACUUUAGUAAGAUCUGGCAGUUUCUUGGGUCACCGAGCCAUAUCGAUAGCGAACCGACAGCCAGCGGCGAUGAGCUGCCCACACCAGUACCGAACAAAGACGACUAUGCCUCAGAUGGGGCGACAUACGUCUCACAGAAGAGCAAGCUGAACACAUUCUCGAGAGAUGCCCAGGCUUCCGAUCUGGAUGUCACAGACGGCGAUGAGUCGGUUGACUGGAAAAGCGUGAGGAAGGAUCCGCUUGCUGGUCUGACAAAGACGCAACGUAAGAAGGCACGUCGCAAGGAGCGGAAGACACUUGAAAGUCAGAUGGCUGGCAUGAGCAUGAAUGUUUCGGAAUCGGAAGCAGACCCAGUCGGGAAGAAGACACCAGCCAUCAAAGCAUCUGCGCAUGUUGUGCCGUCGGCGCCAACACCAAGAUCUGGUCUACGACCUCGCGAUGCAAGUGGCAAGGCUGUCACAUCUUUGCUACCAGCAGAGAAGGAUAACCGUGAGCACAAUCUCACCCAGUACAUGAGGAACAAGAAGGCUGCUCGCAUUGCCGCCAAUGUGGAGCUCGAUCCAGAGCUGAAGGAGCUUUUUGUACCGGAAGACUCGAAGAAUGUGGUCAAGCCCGAGAACUGGAAGCCAGACACUACCAGUGAGGCCGUCAAUGCUGUAGCACGGGCUAUGGCUUCAAUGAAGCAGGACCAGAUGCCUCCCUCGCCGUCACCCAACACAUCCAAGCCUCGGACAAAGGACGCACCGGCACAGUCGUCCGGCAGACUAACAGCCACAACAUCCAAUGGCAGCCAUAAAGACCGACUCGCGGCUUGGAAGGCCUCACGGACCGGGUCCAAGUCGCCUCCCAAAGUGCCUACUGGUCCAAAGAGCAUGUCUGUGCAGCCAAUUCCAAUCUCAUCCACGCAAGCCAAGACUGGUCCAAACUCAGUCCAGCUCAUCAACACACCUCAAAACAACAAAGUCACUCAUCUCAUUCCUUCUUCUGUACAGCCAAUGCUUCAUGGAAAGCUGGUCGCGACACCACCGCAUUCGAUGCCACGAGUUGCCGGCACUCCAGCUGCACCUGCUUCCAUGCCCGUACAGAAACAUGUACGAGCUCCGCUCACCAUUGAGCCAAAGGUCGUGCGAUCUGGCGAAGAUCGACAUUAUGCGCUGUUCAUGAAGAUCCUUCAGGACUUCUUCCAGGACAUGAAGUAUCUGGUCAACCCCAUGAACCUCACAACUCACAACAACGAUCCGAGAGGCAUCCACGUCUUCAUCGACGCCAGUAACAUCUUCAUCGGCUUCAUGGAUCAGCUAAAGCGCGCUCGCGACAUUCAACCGUGGGCCCGUGUGCCACAGGCGCACCUCUCCUUCGAUGCGUUGGCUCUUCUCAUCGAGCGUCGCCGUCCAGUCGCCAAGCGAGUCUUGGCUGGCUCGACACCCCAUCUUCCAGCGUUCGACAAGGCGAAAGCCGUGGGCUACGAGUGUAGUAUCUUGGAGAAGGUAUACAAAGCCCGCGAGCUCACCGACCGCCAAAUCUACUUCAAGGAACUUGACCGCGGCCGCUUUGGGAGAAGCGCGAAACCGCCACCUCCAAGCAACAACGUGGCCCUGGUUCAGACUUCGCAGUCAAGUUCACCACCUCAGUUCUCAAUGAUACCUGGCAUUGGCGGCGAUAGCGGCAGUGGCUCGGAAACGAACACGCCGCAAUACGCCAAAGCCGCCAUGAUUGAGCAAGGUGUGGAUGAGAUCCUGCACUUGAAGAUGUUGGAGUCUGUUGUCGAUUAUGACAAGCCUUCGACGAUGGUCCUGGCGACCGGCGAUGCGGCCAGUGCUGAGUACAGCCCUGGAUUCAUGGCUAUGGUCGAGAGGGCAUUGAAGAAGAAAUGGACUGUGGAGUUGGUAUCCUGGAGCCACAACAUCAACAGCCUGUACAAGAGACCGGAAUGGACCAACCACUGGGGUGAGAGGUUCAGGAUCAUCUACUUGGACGACUACGCUGAGGAAUUGCUUGACAUGUGA